ACAGUCAGCCAUCAAUCUUCUGUUUGGCUCCGUCGAGUGAGCAGCCAGUAUCGGUCACGCAGUUUGUCAUCGCGAGUUUUCUUCUCUCGAGGAGGGCUGUGGUCGUUUUUCAAGUUGCUAAAUUUCGCUUUUCCUCGUUAAAAUUUCGCUUUGCAAUCACGUCGAGUAGACGCGUCCAGUUAGUGUCGACAUUUCGAACUAGGUUUCCGCUUGGAGCAGCUUCCGGUAGCCUCGUCCAAAGCGAUCAAGUUUGGGGAGUUAUUCUUGGAAAGAUAGCCUUUUAAAAUAUUCAUCACCUUUUUACGACGCCUUUCCCUUCCGGGAGAGCCAUUUGGUGCGAGCGAGACAGACUAGGGUGAAGUGCAUCCUUCUUGUUUGGGUAGAGUGGGUUUUUGUCAUCAAUAACUGAACAAUAUGACUUAUAGAGAAGCUUCUCAUGCCGGAAGUUGGUAUACGGAUUCAGGUACCGAACUGAACCGCCAAUUGUCCAAAUGGUUGGAUGAUGCUGAUCUUACCUUCGGACCGGCCCGUGCUAUCAUCGCUCCACAUGCUGGCUACCGUUACUGUGGCGCUUGCGGGGGCUGGGCCUAUCGACAAAUUAGUCCUGCUGUGGUUAAGCGUGUUUUCAUCCUCGGCCCGUCGCAUCACGUGCGGCUGUCCCGGUGCGCACUUUCGGCGGCUACCUACUGUCGUACCCCCCUGUACGAUCUGAAGGUUGAUCAACAAAUCAACUCGGAACUGGAAGCCACCGGCCACUUCAAGUGGAUGGACCAGAAAACGGACGAAGACGAGCACAGCAUCGAGAUGCACCUUCCCUACGUGGCCAAAGUGAUGGAAGACUUCCGCGAUCAGUUCACGAUCAUCCCGAUCAUGGUUGGCUCGAUUACCGAUGAGUGGGAGGAAACCUACGGCAAAAUUUUGGCCCCCUACCUGGCCGACCCCCAGAAUCUUUUCGUCAUCUCGUCCGAUUUCUGCCACUGGGGUGCCCGGUUCCGGUACACCUACUACGAGGAACAACACGGACCGAUUUACAAGUGGAUCGAGGUCCUCGACAAGAUGGGUAUGGAUCUGAUCGAAACGAUGAAGCCGGAAAGUUUCGCCGAGUAUUUGCGCAAGUACAACAACACCAUUUGCGGUCGCCACCCGAUCGGAGUGCUGCUUCAGUCGGUGGAUGAGCUCAAACGACGUGGCUACCGGAUGAGCCUGAAGUUUCUCAAGUAUGACCAAAGCAAUCAGUGCUGUGAUAAAAAAGACUCCAGCGUCAGCUAUGCCUCAGGAUCGUUAAUUUUCGAAUAAGACAAAAAUAUAAAUAUCUAUAUUUUACAUUUGUGUUUUCGCAACAACAAUAUUUUUUUAAAUUAAGGAAAGGUUUAUAUACUAGUUGGACUAAUUCAUGAAAUUAUAAAAGAUAAAAAACAAGAAAGAGUGAGAGGCACAGAUGAGGCACUGAAUUAUAUUAACCCAAACAAAAUUAACAAGAAACUUUAAGAAAGGUAAGAACAACUCAAGAGAAUUUUAAUAUAUACAUAGUUUUGUUUUCUCGUGAAAAAUAAAACAUCUUCUAAAAAUUCUCAUCUGUUACUUUAGGCUGUUUGCUCAUUUCGUAUUAAAAUUUUACAUCAAACGUUCAAUUUUUCCUGGUUUCCAGCAUGAGGGAACAGAAGGAACUCAAGCGUAUUAUGUUUAAAUUUAGAAUCUAUAUUAUAUUUACGCUUUCGACAGAAUUCAAAUCAUGUGUAAAAUUUAAGAACUGAUGUUUUUCGUUCUAUUAUCUCAGCAAUAAGUUUUUUCCUAGUUCGAUUCUGAUUUAGUUUUGUAUUUUGUUUUACGAAAAGCUAGAGUAGUUUUUUUUCUUGCGUUGACAUCUCUUAACUAUUGUCGGUGUAAUACGGUUUGUAUUCAUGUAGCUGUUUUUCAAAGAGUGAAGACAAAUAAAAUUAUUAGAACAACAUCUA